UCCUCCUCCUCCUCCUUUGCCUCCUCUCCCUCUCUAUAUAUACGUUGGACUCGGAACACAACAAGCCAGGCCUUUGCACUAAUUGUCGUCGUACUUGUCGUUUCCUGACAAAAAUUCUGUCGCUAUGGAUUGCCUGCAAAAGUGGCCCGAGCCGGUUGUCCCGGUUCAGGCCUUGUCCGAGAGCGGCGCCGCCGUCAUCCCCGAGCGCUACGUCAAGCCGGCGUCCGAGCGCCCGUCGUUGAAUUCUACUGCUGAUAAAAUUAUCGUUGGGAUCCCGACGAUUGACCUCGGAGGGCUGGCGGAAGGGACGGCCGAGUGCCGCGCCACCAUGCGGGCCAUAUCGGAUGCAUGCAGGGACUGGGGGUUCUUCCAGGUGGUGAACCAUGGAGUUAGCCAUGAGCUCAUGGAAAGAAUCCAGGAGGUGUGGAGAGGGUUCUUCUACCUCCCCAUGGAGGCCAAGACGGCCUACGCCAACACCCCGCUGACCUACGAGGGUUACGGGAGCCGCGUCGGUGUCGAGAAGGGCGCUAUUCUGGAUUGGGGUGACUACUACUUCCUCCAGUAUCUUCCUCAAUCGGCGAAGAACUAUGACAAAUGGCCUAGCAUGCCAAUUUCCAUCAGGGAUACUACAGAAGAGUAUGGUCGUGAGAUGGUGAAGUUGUGCGGGAUAUUGAUGAAAGUUAUGUCCUUAAGUCUGGGUUUGGAUGCGGAGUUCCUCCACAAGGCAUUUGGAGGAGAUGAUGUGGGGGCUUGCCUUAGGGCGAAUUAUUAUCCAAAGUGCCCCCAGCCGGACCUCACACUCGGCCUCUCGCCACACUCCGAUCCUGGAGUUAUGACGGUGCUGCUCGCCGACGAUCAGGUCAAGGGCCUCCAGGUCCGAAAGGGUGGCGAAUGGAUCACCGUCCAGCCCCUCCCCCAUGCGUUCAUCGUCAACGUCGGCGAUCAAAUUCAGCUUUGUCGCUCUUACUUGUUCUCCAUGUAUAUAUUAUUAAUUUGGAAAAGCAGCAUGGUGCACAGGACAAGUCAAAAGCAACGGAUAGGCAUGGGACAGUCCUCUCCAAAUUCCAACCUCGCGCUCUUUGUGUCCCUUCCAUCGUUUCACAAGUCUGAGUACACAAUAAACAAAAAAAAGAAAGAACAAAAAAAGGGCUGAACUCCAAUCAAACACAUCGGCAUGUUACAUGCCGACUUAUCAUCUAAACCACCGGGAUGCUUUACAUCAUUAACCAUUUCUUGCCAUAAUAAAAACAAUAUUGCGUUGACCAUAACGUGGAUGAGCUUUUAGAAGCUUUUAAAUAUUCUACGUUGUAACUAUAUAUCUAUUAUGUCUGCUGAUAAAUUGGAGGUUGAUC